AUGGAGUACAAUCAUCGAGAACAAAGGUACUCCAGGACAAUACCUGCUGAUCUGAGCGAUGGGUCUGGUACCCACCUUACAGGUACUGAACCUAAUCUGAAUACCGGAUACCUGGGCAGGGGCCUAAAGAAACAGAGCAGAGCCUUUAGCAAAAUAUUGAUCAUUUUCUUCUCUGGACCACACCCGCGCUGUGACCAAUUCUAUCCCACCGUUACUGAAGCUUUGUAA